AUGACCGUGCCGUACAGGUCGCCGUACGGCGUUAAGGAGAACGCCGCUGCACUCGCGCACUUGAACGCGCUGCGCAAGAGCAUGGAGGUCCGCGAGGCGCCAGUGGCAGCAGCAGCGCAGCAUCGCCUUCCCCUCGAGGCCGCCGCGAAUACGUCGCGCGGAGGCGUCGCGCCAGCAGCAGCGCGGCUGCCUCUCGACCCGCCCGUGCAGAGCGGCGACCAGAUCUCGCCGACGCCCCCCUGCGAAGACAAUCCCGCUUCUGCGGCUUCCGCCUCUGCCCCCGGCGGCGACGGCAGUUACAUUGCGUUGCGCAUGGCGGGAGUUGGAAGGCUGGAAGAGGGGAAAGCGUGCGGGGAGGAUGAGGGGAAAGUUUGCGGGGCAGAGGAGACCCCGCGGGAACGGCGUGAAGGAAAUGACGGAGACGCGCUUGAAUGGGCGCGGAACGCGCGAGAGGGGGAAGAGGCCCUUACGCCGGAGGAGGCGGGGUCGAGAGGUGAAGGGCGACGGUGGAGUUUGGACGACUUCGAGGUGAUUCGACCGUUGGGACGCGGGAAGUUCGGAACCGUGUUCAUGGCGCGCGACCGAGAGAGCGGGCGCGCGGUGGCGCUGAAGGCGGUGAGCAAGCGCGAGGUGCGCGAGGAGGGGCUGCAGGAGCAGCUGCGGCGCGAGAUCGAGAUCCACGCGCACCUGCGGCACCCGCACGUGCUGCGCCUCUACGGCUAUUUCUACGACCAGGCGUUCGUGUACCUGGUGCUUGAGCUGGCGACAGGCGGGGAGCUGUACCACCAGCUGCGCACGCGGACCAGGCUGCAGGAAGGCCAGGCCGCCAAGCACGUGGCGGGAGUGGCGCGAGCACUGCAAUACGUGCAUGCGCGCGGGGUGGUGCACCGUGACAUCAAGCCCGAGAACCUGCUGCUCUCCGAUAAGGGCGAGGUGAAGCUGGCGGACUUUGGGUGGUCCACACGGGCCAGCGACAGCAGCACGUGCACCACGGUGUGCGGCACCCUCGACUACCUUCCCCCUGAAAUGGUGGAGGGAGAGCAGCAUGGGAGGGAGGUGGACGUGUGGGCGCUGGGAGUGCUUCUCUACGAGCUGCUUGUGGGCUGCCCGCCCUUUGAGGCGCCCACACAGACCGACACGUACAGGCGCAUAGUGGAGGUGGAUGUGCGCUUCCCCCUGCACGUGCGAGUGCGCAGGGUGGCAGGAGGGUGCAGGAACGACAUGGUGCCGAGAGGGUGGGCUUGGGGGCAAGGGGAGGGAGGAGUAGCAGCAGGAGGAAUGUGCUGUGACGGGCGUUAG